AUGUCCUCCGAAAAGCACGAGGCCCUCCAGCCCCUACACCCCUCCAUGGAGGGCAAGCUGGAUCCCGCCUUUGUGAAGCUCUACAACGACAACGUGGCCACCAAGCCGCCCAAGCCCAUCAACCUGGAGCAGCUCCGGAAAGGCUACUCGGUGCUCUACAGCUACGGCACGGCCCCGGCGCCCGAAGUCGGCCGCGUCUACGACGACGUGAUCCCGCUCGCCGACGGCACGCAGCUGCCGGUGCGCGUCUACGAGCCUGAGCGGCCAGGCCCGUGGCCGGUGCACGUCGACUUCCACGGCGGCGGCUGGGGUCUCGGCGACCUCGACUCGGAGAGCCACAUCUGCAGGCACUACUGCAAGAAGGCCAACGUGGCCGUCAUUGACGUGGCCUACCGCCUGGUGCCCGAGUCCCCCUUUCCCACGGGCAUCACCGACAGCUUCGCGGCCGUCCAGCACAUCCGCGAGCACGGCGCCGCGCGCUUCAACGUCCUGCCGGACAGCAUCUCCGUGGGCGGCGUGUCCGCCGGCGGCGCCAUCGCACUGGCCGUGGCGCACCUGGCGCGCGACGCCGGCAUCCCGCUGCGGCUGGUGGCCGUGUGUGCCCCCGUCAUUGACGACCUCUCGCAGUAUGCGUCGGCCGCCGACUCGCCCUUCCCGUCGAUGCAGGAGAACGAGUUUGCGCCGACGCUCAACUGGGCGCGGCUGACCUGGUUCGACAAGCUCAAGCGGUCGUCGGUGCCCGAUGAGCCGGCGGCCAAGGAGCGCGUAGGCUGGUUCUUGAACCUGCUCAAGGCGCCCAACUUCAAGGGGCUCCCGCCCACGGUCGUCUACACGGCCAGCGCCGAUCCGCUGAGGGACGAAGGCGAGCGGUACGCCCAGCUGCUGAUCGAGAACGGCGUCGAGGUGACGCAGCGGCGCUUCUUCGGUGUGCCGCACCCGUUCAUGCAUAUGGACGCGGUGCUGCCGCAGGCCAGAGAGUGUAUCGAUACCACCGCCAGGCACAUUCGGCUGGCGCACUAUGACUCUACCGGCACGCUUUGCUGCGCCAACUCAGGCAUCUCCCGGGGUCCUGCACCCAUUCCCGAGUCUGAGGGCUGGUCAAGGCCAGGUUCUCUCCUCCUCUUGCUUCGUCAAACGGGCUCCAGCUCUUCUCCCCCCGAUCCACGUCCCCCCAGUUCUCGACAAGCCCUUUUGCUGUCCUAUCUCAUGACCAACGGCAUCAUCGACAGCACCACCGAGCUCAUUAUUCACGGCAGCAAUAGCCCGGCCCUGAGCUCGUGCAGCAGUAGCAGCAGCAGCGGCGGCGCCAGCCACUACUCCUUGGACCACCACUUUGGCGUUCUGCCGCCUGUAUCGCCCUCAUCCGGCAAUGACUUUGAGCUGGAGCUGGCCGCCGAGAGAUCCGCCUGGGACCACCAGGGCUCGUCUCCGGCCGGCUGGCACGACGCCAUCACGCCCAUCAGCUACAACAGCCCCCAAUCAGACUCCCACGAGUCCCUCAUCGUGUCGCCCAUGUCGUCCUCGUCGUCUCUAUCCACCUACAACCCCCCGUUGCUGCCGCAGCUGACGUCCUCCAACGACAGGGCCCUGCUCAACCACUACAUGACCAUUGUGUCUUCCCUGCUGUCCCGUCGCAUGUCGCCCAACAACCCGUACAACGCCUACCUGUUGCCCAUUGCUCGCGACAACGACCUCGUCAUGCACUGCAUCCUGGCUCUCUCUGCCAACCAUUGGCGCAAGCUACAGCCUCAGCUCGCCGACAGGGGCCUCUAUCACCAAAGCAAGGCGACACAGUCUCUGGCCAGGUUGCUGCCUCACGUGGACCGAUCCAACGCCGAUAUUGCCCUGGUCAGCAGCCUGUUGCUGUGCAUGACGGAGCUGUUCGACGGCACCAGCGAAGGCUGGCAGCUUCAUCUCAAGGGCGCCAAGAGGCUGCUGACGGCCUUGAUGAACCAGCAGCAGGGCGAUCGCAUGAACGGCCACAACAAGUUCCUCGUGCGGCUCGCGCGCUUUCUCGACUCUGCCGCCACGACGUCGACGUGCAAGCCCCCGCUCAUGGGCGAGGACGAGCGGGAGGCGGCUACGCUGGAUCGGUUGACGGCCGCCCCUGACGACGAGGACUCGGCCAUUUACGGCAUUCCCAAGGAGCUGUUCCACUUGGUUGACGUCGUCAACUCGCUGGCC